AUGUGUGCUAUUUCUUUCAUCUUACUCUUCAUUCAGGCUUGCCUGAUCCAAAAUGCUGUCGGUGUCUGUUUAGGAAAGACUGGUAUUAACAAUGCUGUUACCGCACCGUUGGCUGGCGCCGCCAUUGCCCCUGGUAGACUUUGCUAUGAAGGCUGCGGCAGCUAUGGCGGUGUUGGCGUUGGUAACAUCCGCGUGGCUGGCGAGCUGCCCGUGGUCGGUAUCACCUCCGUCGCUGGUCGCGUGCCCAUCGUGGGUACUGUUAAAUUCGAGGGCCCCGCUUGCGCUGGUGGCUGCUACAACAACAAUUCAGGAUUCUCCAAUAUUUUGGACACGUAUCGCGACCGCCAGCAGAGUCUAUCGAAAAUCUUGUUGUUCAGGGAAGACUUGCUAUAG